AAGAGUUUUAGACGGCGUGACUCAUGACAAUACAUAUCAUUUCGAGUGAAAAAACAGAGAAAAAGACAAAAGUACAAGACUGUGUCCAUGUUUUGAUUUCCGAGCGAAAUAACUACUUAUCCCCUAAACCACCGCGUAUGGCCGUCGCGGCUUCACACUCCACCACAGUAGAAGGCGCUAAAGCGGUAUUUUGUUGGUUUGCAAAGAUGGAAGUGGAAGAAGGAGGGAGGUAAAUGACAAGUGAAAUGCUGAAGUGUAGACGUCUGGUCAAUUAUCUUCAAUCGAUCGCUGGACACCUCCAAAUCAUUUGUCAGUCACAGUUGCAAGUGAAAUUGAUAGAUAAUUACAUUAAUAUUGUAUCACCAAUAAGCACGACUGUUUUGGUCAUAUUCAAACGUUAGCGUUAACAUCAUCAAAGUAUGGAGGCUAGCACAGAGCGUAAUCCACCGCCAUUCCCUGAUCCAAUGGAUCGAGAAACAAAUUCGAAUAAAUUAGAAGAGGAAAGUGACGACGAGGGUGAAGACAUUUUUACUGGCAAUAUUAAAUCCACCUCUGGCACCCCAGUAAACCAGAUACCAACAGACAUCUUCACUGAGGAAGGAUCAGGCACAACUCUACAGUCCCACAGAGUGCCCCAGCAGGAUGCAAAUGGCCUACGUUCUGAUGAUGAUCAAGACCUUUUUUCAGAGGCAACUGUGGAGCUAUCCAUAGACAAGGUUAACAACAGAGAAAGAAAAGAAAUGACAAGGCCAAGCCCUUCUGUACAGGACAUUUCUUUCAAGUCUAGUGCGACAAAUAAGUCCUUGGAAGAGUGGGAAGAGGAAGAGAACAAAGACAAGUUUGAAUUAAACAUUGCCGUGACUAAUCCAGAGAAAGUUGGAGAUGGCAUGAAUGCUUAUAUGGCCUAUAAAGUGUCUACUCAGACCACUCUACCAAUGUUCAAGAGCACAACAUUUUCUGUGAGGAGAAGAUUUAGUGAUUUCCUGGGACUCUCUGAGAAACUUUCGGAGAAGCAUUCACACCAUGGGUAUAUUGUGCCACCACCCCCAGAGAAGAGUGUUGUAGGAAUGACUAAAGUGAAAGUGGGAAAGGAGGAUCACUCCUCAGCAGAGUUUGUCGAGAGGCGGAGAGCAGCACUGGAGAGGUACCUGAAGAGAGUUGUUUCACAUCAGACCUUGCUGCAAGACCCAGAUGUCAGGGAGUUUUUAGAAAAAGAUGAGUUACCAAGGGCAGUGAGUACACAAGCAUUGAGUGGAGCCGGCUUCUUAAAGAUGAUCAACAAGGCAUCAGAUGCAGUUAACAAAAUGACAAUCAAGAUGAAUGAGUCAGACAAUUGGUUUGAGGAAAAGUUUCAGGAGGUGGAGAAUGAGGAGCAGCAACUAAGAAAGCUUCAUACAGUGGUGGAUGCUCUUGUCAAUCACAGAAAAGAAUUGUGUGUGAACACGGCUGUGUUUGCAAAGAGUAUGGCAAUGCUGGGAACCUCUGAAGACAACACUGCAUUAUCCAGAGCUCUGUCCCAGCUAGCAGAAGUGGAAGACAAAAUGGAGCACCUGCAUCAGGAGCAGGCCUGCAGUGACUUCUUUCUCUUCGCAGAACUGCUAGCCGACUACAUACGACUGCUAGGAGCCGUGCGGAAUUCAUUUGACCACCGAAUGAAAACUUGGCAGAAGUGGCAGGAUGCACAGAACACUCUACAAAAGAAGCGGGAAGUUGAGGCAAAACUUUUGUGGGCUAACAAGCCUGACAAAUUACAACAAGCGAAAGAGGAGAUUACAGAGUGGGAGGCUAAAGUCACCCAAUAUGAAGGAGACUUUGAGAGGAUCUGCACGACAGUUCGCCAAGAGGUUCUCAGGUUUGAGAAAGAAAAGGCAAGGGAUUUCAAAAUCCACAUUAUAAAGUAUCUAGAGUCUCUCCUACUCUCUCAACAAAGGAUCAUCAAGUACUGGGAGGCAUUCCUACCUGAGGCAAAGGCAAUUGUAUGAGUGAAAGCACUACCAAGAAGAGACGCUUUGAGCACACUUGACUAAACAACUUGAAAAUAACAGAAACCUCUUUUGAAUCCUGUAAUUUUCUUCGGUAGUUCUAUGGUGUUGCUCAUGUCUACUUUCAUUUUCCAGGUUACUCAGUUUCUAUGCCUUAGAGGGAAUUAAUACAUAAAAACGAAACAAAAAGCUGUUUUUGGUUGCACAUUGUGUGUAAAUCCAAGAGCUGGAAAGAGCAAGAUACAAAAAAAUGUGUUCAAACAUGUGGUCAAGCAGAAGAUUGUAUUGCAGCAAAUAACCUGUACAACCUGAAAACAGCUCCUGUAUUGUGGUGAAGAUCUGUUCGCUGUGUACAAGUUUAUAAAAUAUUUAACGUUUUUACACUUUAUUUGUGAUCAGCUGAAAAGCAUUUGUAAUAUUCUAGAGACAUUGGAUAAAUGGUAAGUGGCUGUUGUUUUCCCCCCACAAUAUUUUUUGCUAUAAGGCUUGCUUCUUUACCAGACAAAGAACACUGGGCUGGGGGAGCAAAUCACAUACAGUACUUAAAUAUUUUGAUUCCACAUUUGAUUCAGCAAAAGGCUGUUACAGUGUUGAGAAUGAUUUCCAUGCAGUAAACUAAAUGGUAGUGACAUUGUGUUUUCAAACUCUGCUAUAUUUUAGACUGCAAAUCCGUGCUCUAACCAGCUACUGGUGUCUAAUUUCUGCAGACUGGGUGUUCACCAGUUCAGUUACAUUCCUUGUGUACUUUCUUAUAAGAACAGGAGUAUUAUUCAUAAUAAAAUUAUACAUUUUA